GUCUCAAGCGCCAAUAACCCUAGAUUUGAUGAUUUAAACGGUGGCGCCCCACCUCGCAUAUCCCGUUUAUAAAUGAUGGUUUAUGAAAGCCAGAAACAUUUGGCCACCAUUUUAUCAUAUGAUUAGCGUUCAUCACUAAUUCAAAAUCACAAUGGAGCGAACCCCAGCAGCUUGUGCUAUGGACUGGAGCAUUCAGCUCCAAAAAGACCUUCGUUCAGAUAUACCAGGUAAACCUAUUGCUGCCCUAGAAGAAAUCGGCAGGCGACUUCAGCGGUGGAACAAGGAGCCAAAACUGACGAUUGCAGAGCACACGAUGUUCGGCUUAAUCCCGGAGGAGGAUAAGCUGUUCCUCAAUGCAAUUUUACUGUGUCUGGCCGAUGCGUUUAGUUCAGGGGACAAACAAACUAAAAAAUGUGUAGUUAGAAUUUUUAUGAAAAUUAAGAAGGGAAAUAGAGGUGCUGAGGGUAUUUUUAGCAAUGAAAUGUUUGAGAAUCAAUUGGAGUUGGUGAGGAGAGUGAAGGAAGUGUUUGAUGAAGGGGAUACUGAGGAAAGAGCACUCUCUUUGCGGCUGUUUGGUUGCUGGGCUUAUUUAGCAAAGGGUUGUCCGGAUGUGCGGUAUGUUGUGCUGUCAAGUUUGGUUAGUGGUGAUGUUCUUGAGGUGAAGGCUGCUUAUUUUGCUGCAGGUUGCUUGUCUGAGAUGUCAGAUGACUUUGCAAUUGUUUUCUUGGAGAUGCUUAGGUCAACAGUCUCGUCACAGGAGAGUUCAGAAGACAUAAAGUUAGCUGCAGGACGUGCAUUCGCCAAACUGUGGUGCUCGUUUUCAAUUGCAGAGAAUGCGUACAAGUUAGGUUUGAAGCUUCUCAUGGAUUCUUUGGAAGAUGACUUCUCAGCUACCAUGCUAAUUUCACUUUCCAAAAUUGCUUCUCGGUGGAUGCUUCUAAUUCCUACCCAGAUAGAAUUGCUUACACUGUUUCAAAGUGAAGAUAGAUCUUUGCGCAUGCAAGUGACAUCUUUGAGAUGCUUCCGCUUUUUAUUAGCAAGAGAAGUUUGUAUGUUUCCUUCAAAUACAAGCACAGUCCAUAGGGUAUUCGGCAUCCUACACAGAUCUGAACUUCAACCGACACUGCAGCUUGAAUCUCUAAGACUUUUAUAUAAGAUCCUUCUGAUCAAUUUACCCAUUAUUCCGUGCAUGGAGAUUCCGGAGCUUUUCCAGAAGCUGUUUGUAGUUGUUAAAAAUAUGCUAAAAUCAUCUGUGCAAUCAAACAGAGUUUUUGCUGUUAAUGUUCUAGCAGUUCUUUCGGGAAAAGUUUUGGGAAGACAAGAUACGUGGUCAGGUGGAUCAGGUUGUACUUUGGCAUCCCAGGUGAUCUCUUUCAUCCUAGAUCAAGUCAUAUCCCUCGUGACACCAUUUGGUAAUAGUAUGGCUGACUUUGCUGUGGAGUUUGAGGUUAAAAGCUUGCUGAAAACUUUAUUCAACUUGAUUGAGAAUUGCCCAAAGCUUCAUUGCCUAGUACUCAAUAGUGCAUGUUUAUUUGUAUGUAAUUUGAUGAAGAUGAUCGACAGAGAAAGAGGAUCAGAGAAAACAGUCUUGUCAAAUCCCCAUAUGACAGUGUAUGUGAGCAAUGGCAAAACACUGGUUGUAUCAAAUAUCAUUCUCACUAUGUCAAAAAUCAUGGCUUUUUGUUUGGAAAACCUUGAAUACACAAAUACUGAAACCAGCCACACCUUGGAUUUGGAUGCAUUGAAACUUCAAGUAGAAAUUGUAUGCCAUUGUAGCUAUAUAGGUAGCUACACUAGGCUGAUGAACUUUCUAUUAUUGCACUUACAUUCUGCCUUUAUCUGCAUGAAGAAUUUGACAGAGGACUUGUUGUCACCUUGUAAGAGUUCUAGUUUGUCCUGUGCUUCUUCCAUUCUUGAGUUUGAUAAAUCUACCUUGUGUUGUGCAAAUGAGAUUUUAGAAGGAAAUAAUUACUGGUAUGCUUAUAAGGCUGGAAAAAAUGCUGCCUGUCAGGGUGCAUGGUCCACAGCUGCUUUCAUAUUUGAGGAGCUUAUGAAAGCAGUUAAAUCUCCUUCCUGUUGCAGUUGGUUAAAAUCUCUGUCUUGGUUCUCUACCUCAGAAAAAACGAUUCAGCUGUUCUUUUUAUCUGGCCAAGGCACAUGUAUCAUCCCAGGUGGUAGUGGUUUACGUGAAAUGGGUGUCAGUGCAUUGAGUACCGGAAGUUACAAGUAUAGGGAAAUUCUUCUUAAUGGCCGUGAUGAAAUUCUUUCUGCUGAAGAAAUUCUUUCUGCUGAAGAAAUUCUUCGAGCCCCUGAUAUGGGCCAUAUAUUCAGUUUCCAAAGAUGGUUUUUGACCCUUAGAGCAAAGGUUUUGAAAAAAGUUGCUGAUAUGAUGCAGCUACUUGAUUCUGUUUCAUUUAUCCUGGGUGGCACUGGGUGUGGAGUGUUACAUAGAGGUACUCUUCUUUCGCCCACAACUUCUUUGAAACUUGGCUCCUUCAUUAACUCUAUUAUGGAGGCAUCAUGCUACAUGAAGAAAUUAGCUGAAGAAUAUGAUAUGCUUUUGACAUCUUUCAUGGGUAUGGACAGACAAAGUGUAAUGAGUGUUUCAACACUUGCAUUGAAUUGCUCAGUUAUGGCCUUUACUGCUGGUUUUGCUUUUCUAGUUCCAGACUGGUGUUCUUCUGAAAUUUAUAAAGUUUCUGAAUCUAGAUACCUAGAUGAGACUUUGCAUGCCUUGCUCAUUGAAGAUCUUCUUGGGCGAUUUAAGCAUAUAGGUCGCAAGACUAGGGAAAAUCUCCUAUUCCUUCUGAAGCCCUUUCGCAACUGUAACAGGUGUUCUUCAUCAAGGUUUAUUACUCAAACUUGCUCUUAUGAGACAGUAAUCUUACACAAGCUUUGUGAGUAUUCUGUUCGGGAGAUUUUUAACUUGUUCAGUGAGGCAGCCAGGAGGGAACGAGAUGCUGAUGCGUUGCAUCAAAUUAUUAGUAGGGGUACAGAAGUGCUAAGGAAUGUUAUCUCAAAUUUGAUGUUAGUUCCUUUCCACACUCCUCAUCACUUCUUUAAAGUGAGGUCUGCUGUUUCCUCUGAGCUCUUUGUCAUGAAUGAAGAUGGGCAAGUUUUAGAUGGAUCGUCCAUUUUGUUAGGGUCCUCUCUCUCUCUGAAUUUGAGCUUUCAAAUGAAAAACAUGACAACUGGUCUGCCAAGUCCAUCAAACAAAGUGUACUGCAUUCUUGGUUGUAAACCCCACUCUUUGGUAACAACUAGUAUUGGAGAUUUUAAAUGGCAAUCCCAAUUGAGGAAGGAGGAAGAUGAGAUGGAUAAUACAAUGGAGUUGAAUAAGAAGCUGUUCAGAUAUGUCACUGGCUCUGUGGAGACCGAAGGACACUGCAGAAGACGAGACAAUGAUCGUUUUAUGGUAACUGAAUAUGUUCGUUUUGAACUUAAUGAGCGUGGCCAAGGUUUCUCUACUUGCUUUCUCGAUAUCUCUAUUUUACCUGUAGGAGCUUACGAAAUCAUAUCGCAUAGUGGCUACGUUGACAGUGAAGGUUCUUACCGGAGCCUCCUUUCUGUGAAUGCUGGCCCAUCAAUUAUUGUUAAGGUUGUAAAGACUGUGUAAUGAGUUUUGGUAAAAGAUGUUAUUCUGCUCUUCACU